AUGUCUGCUGUGAACUUCCAGAAGCUUCCAUCUGUGCUGGUCAGAGGCGGCGAUCAGAGCGUCACCCUGCGGUGCGACCAGGACAACAGUCAGAACUACUACAUGUUCUGGUACAGACACCCGGCAGGCAGUGGGAAAAUGGAGCUGGUCGCAUUUUCUGCAGGUCAAGACACCGCGUCCAUCGAAGCUCCUUUCAACAAGACCAAAUACACCAUGACCCGUCCAGAAGUGCUCAGAACCUCCCUGCAGAUCCACUCUCCUGAGGCUGCAGACUCUGCUGUGUACUACUGCGCCUCCAGUCUGGGGGCCACGUCUGAAGCUUACUUUGGAGCUGGAACCAAACUCACUGUUUUAGAAGAUGACCUUUACGUCACUCCCCCGACUGUGAGAAUUCUGCCACCUUCAAAAGAAAUACGUAAAGACAAAGAAGGGAAUGUGAAGGGCAGGACCCUGGUCUGUAUGGCGUCUGGUUUCUACCCAGAUCAUGUCAACAUGACCUGGGAGAGCGACAAUAUUGGUAAGGUGUCGACUGACGCCGCCGCCACCAGAGAAGACAAAUAUUACAAAAUCACCAGCCGGCUGACGGUUUCCAACAAAGACUGGAUUGAGGCGAAGACUAAAUUUAAAUGCAUCGUCAACUUCUUUGAUGGCACCAAACACAUCAUUAAAGAUGAUGUUUUUACAAUAAAACCUCCACUCAUCCCUGACAUGACUCGAGGGAAAUACGUGAAGAUCACUCAGAACGCCAAACUGUCCUACACCGUCCUGAUCGUGAAGAGCUGCCUCUACGCCGCCUUGGUCUGCUUUCUGGUCUGGAAGCUGAAGGGGAAACGUGAAAAGCCGACCAAGUGAGAGCAGAGCUGAUGCUGAGAAUCUUCCUCCUUGUACAUAACGAACCUGAUCUGCUGUUAAUCUGCACAGAUUGAAUAAUCUCUGGCUGUUUCAUGUUAUCCUACAGAAUCAAUCAAACAUAUUCUGAGUCUGGUUUCUACUGAAAAUAUCUUAGGAAACUUCAAUACUGACUGCGUUGUCUGCAUAAAGUAGGUUCAUGUUUAUUAACCCAGUUAAUUUUUGAUUGUUGAUUCUAUGUUGAAGUAACUUACAAAUAAUUUUUCAUCGAGUUAUAAGAUCAUUUUAAAUCAAUAAUCCUUUAUUGGUGAUAAACUAGCUCCAUUGGCAGAUUAUUUAACUUUUAAGAAAACAUUUUCUCCAUGUUAUAAGUCAGAAUCUUUUCAUCAAUAUUACGACUUAAAACUAACUUACAUUUGACUUUUCUCCCUGAAAAGAUAUUUGCAAUAGAAACCAGAUCAAAAUGUAAGAUUGCAGUUUUGUAUUUUCUCAGUGCAUUGUUGUAUUUUUUCAGAUACUUUCUGGAUAUAAAUGUGUGUGCUUGUAUUUCUUCAUACGAUCUUCAAUAAAAGUGUUUUAAAUCA